AUGACCACACUGUUUUAUCCCUCAAUCGCAGCUUUCAUUGAACGAGGUUUCGAUGCCCCAUCCGCCCACCCCGCCUCUCCGAUACCUUGCAGCACCACCGCGAGUACAUCAUGGCGACCCAUCCAGGACGCCUUCUAUCCCGACCCGCCACCGCUACUUCCCAACGUUGAGUGGGGACCAUGGUGGGCGCCGGAGGGGGAUAGAGCAUGGGUCGCUGCCCAGUCAUGCUCAGCAGGAGCCUCAGCCAACACGCCUGAGAUCGACGUGCUUCGGAUAGCCUGGGCAGAUGUGGGAGAGGUUCUGGACGGGGAGAACGGAGAGGGCGUUAGUCUGCUGAGACAGGUGCAGAGAUUGGCGGAUGAGUGGGAAGACGGCGCUCGCUGUGUGAGGCAUCUGAUACCUCACAACGGCCAAGUCAAAGAGGACGGACCUUGCUACAUAAUCAGCCCCGACGGCGCAGAGGGCACGACCGCGCACGCAGAGCUCUGGGGAAGUCCAGAGGAGUACAACUCGAUCUAUCGGACGGUCGCCGUCCCGUUUCACGUCCAAGGCGACCGACAAGUCUUCGAGGAUAAGUGGAACGCUAAGCUGGCGCAGGUGCUGGCGCCUCUUGGGGCAGAGGUAUUCACUGAGUCGUGGCCCCGAGGCGUUGGCAACAGUUCGACGCUAGUCUCUUUCUCGACGACUCCGCCGCCGACCGCUCCCGCCCCGAAGUCAAACAAAACGCCACGGAUCGUGUUCGUCCUUUACGCUCUUCUGCUCGCGGGUCUGCUCUACCAGUUGUCACGAAACGCUACCAAGGUGCACUCGCCCAUCGGUCUCGCCUUCACUGGUAUCGUGCAGCUCUGUUGCUCGGCCCUCAUGUCGUCUGGCGUACUCGCGGUGCUCGGCUGGAACGACCUCAGCUGGAAAGGAUGGGGCUGGAGCAAGGGCCAGACUGUGCUGCCUACCUACGUCCUGCCUUUCGUCAUUGUCGUCGUCGGCGUCGAAAACAUGUCGGUUCUUACGAGAGCUGUCUUCUCCGUCCCCUUCACGCACUCGGUUCCCGAGCGUAUCGGUAUCGGUCUCAGCAAGGUCGGAGGGACCAUGUUCCUGACGUCCUGCACGGAUUUGCUCAUCCUGGCCUUUGUCUCGCUCUGCGUGCACCUGCAGCCGGUCCGCGAAUUCUGCAUCUUCGCCGCAGUCGUCAUUAUCGCCGACUGGUUCAUGCUCAACACGUUCUUCCUCACCGUUCUGUCGAUCGACGCCCAGCGUCUUGAGCUCGCCGACGUGCUCGCCUCCAAGGGUGGGCUGUCAGCCACGGAAGCCAAGCGUCGGGAGGAGGACGCCGCAAAGCGUCGCGCUGGUCGACGGGCGGCGCGCAUCAACUGGCGCAAGAUCUUGCGUGCUCGUGUUGCCAAGAGCGGAAGCUUGAUUCUCCUGCUCACUUCCGUUGGUAUCAUUUAUUGGUACACUGAGCGUGGACGCAUCAACCCGGCCGCGGCACUCUACGGCUACGUCCCGACAGCGACUUCAUCAUACGCCCUCUCGGCUAGACCGACCACCUUUGCCACAGCCGCCAGCAGUUUGUUCUCAAUCACGCCGUCCGAAGAGCUCUGGCGAGCGAUCAAUCCCAAGGGUCUGACCUCGGUUCGGAUCGCCAUGCCACCCUCGUCGAUUGUGGUGCUCCCACGCCCGGGACAUGCUCUGGAACCUUCAGACAUCAGGCUCAUGCUUGAUCCCCUGAAGCCUGCACGAGCAUUCGACAUCCGCCCUGUCUGGCACCUGUUCAAGUUUGUCAUCGCUCCGCUUCUUUCGACCCCUCUGGCACUGUACGGUCUCUUGAGGUUCCUGCUGAAGGACUCGGACAAGCUCGCAGUUCAGCGUGACCACCUGAAACACCCUGACGAUGACCACGGAUCAGACGAGGAGUCAGAUGACGAAGGCAACCGCAGCUCGAAGGCCAACUCGUCGAUCAGCGUCUACAUGCUCCCAGCCAGUCACGAGUUCGACGUCGAUGUGAUCGCAGCCAGCCCAGACGGCAAGCUCGCCGUUUCGAUCGGGAUCGACAACUCGAUCUGCCUGUGGCGCUUCACCGACGACGAUCACGCGUCGGGCACCCGAGAGAUGUUGACGGUCGACACCUCCCUGAAGGACAGCCCUGCCAUUGGGGCUGCGGUCAGCCGGGACAACAACUAUGUUGCUGUGGCAACCCGUAACGGUCUGGUUCAGAUCUGGGCCACUCCUGAGGACGGAAAGACGGACAGCAUCAGCGUCACAAAUCUGUUCCAGCCUGAGUGCUCGGACCGAGUCGUUGCUGUCGCCUUCGAGGACGUCCCUCCUUCAGACGAUCCGUUCAGCAGCCCAAGCCCCACGUCAGGCUCCGGACGCGUCACCUGCCCCGCUCUCUUGGUUGCUAUCUCGAACGGCAGCGUCCAAGUCGUUGCUGGCAACCGGUCAUUCGAGAUCAUCCCGGCGGUCGUGAAGAGCGAGCUGCUACCGUGCCGUGCCGACCUGUUCGCGACCGAGAAUGGGUCCGUUGUUGUCAUCAGCAACGCCGAAGGCACGAACAUCUGGCACAAGCAUCACAGCGGAUGGACCCCUCUGCCGCUCGGCACCGCUCUUCCGCUGGGCGACCGCGUGACCUCUGUUUCGCGCUGCACCAUCCCGUGGCAGGACAGGAUGCCGGAGCUCUUCGUGGUCGGCCGUCGAUCCGGUAGAGUCGACGUCUUUGACGCCUACGGCGAGCCAUUUGCGGCCGUGCACCAGGCUAGUGAGCCCAUCAAGGAGGUCAGCAUCGCUGCUCCCGGAAACACCCGCUGCGCUACUUGCGGCACCCAGUCGUCGCAGGGUUUCUUCGUUAUCGCCUCGACCGCAUCGCAAGUGUUCAUCGACCGCGUUGCCAACAAGGACCGCACCCAGUUCUGCCGCUGUCAGCCCGUCCGGCGAUCGGCGUUGGAUGAGACGCUCGCCAGCGCCUCUUCCAUGCGAUCAACCAGCAUUGUGUUCCAGCCUGCGGGACGCCAGCGUUCCAUGUCCGGCGGCCUCAGCACUGCCCCUUCGCCAAUCAAGGCCAGCUUGGCCCCACCCAGCGACUUCCCGGUCUCCUCUCAUGGUACGCGACGACUCAGCGGCUACCGCCUCGACGACCGGCCACCUUCGCCUAUGGAGCGGAAUGGCUCGUUCGGGGCUCUCGCUAGUCUCGCCAUGUCGGCCGAGGACUCGGCCUCCCCGCUCACGCCACUGAAAAACCUGACGCCCAUGGAGGACUCGUCGCCGGUCGUCAUCCCGCUCGGCGGUAUUCUGGCCAGCGACGGUGGUUGGGCCGUGCUGGAUGACACACUCGUGGGUGUGCGCCGCAACGGAAGCGGUAUCGACGACAGCCAGUGGCAAGUUUGGAACGUCGAUCUGCGUAAGCCAUGGAACGGCUCUGUGCUCUUGGUGGACACUUCGUCGUUGGAGGUUCUGGAACGCCGCACGGGCGUCCCUCCCCGCACAGGGGAGGCUGGCGAAGUACCCAUGCGCCAGCGGCGAGCGGAACGCAUGCUCAGCCUGAACGGGCGAGCCUCGUUCCCGCACGGCGGCGCGAGCAACGUCGUGCCGACGCACCAACCCCUGGGGUACGUUGCUGUCCGCCCGCUGUGUCCUGCGGGUCGUGGCUCGAACUGCGUGCUCUUGGCGGGCUUCGGAAACCGCGUCGGGAUCCUGGGCACGGUAUCUGGCCCGAACAGACCGAGUGCGACGCCGUUCGCGAACGGACACGCGACUCCAAACAUCAACCUCGCAACCCCGCGCCGUCCUCACUUCCCCCUCACGCCUCCGCCGCCCAUGCGCGCCAACAGUAUGAGCCCGAACGGCAGCAGUAAUGGCUUCCCGACCCCUGGCACCCCGGGACUCGCCGUCAUUGUAAACGGCACGGGCCCACUCUCGACAAAAUAA